AAGAGAGAAAAUAACAAAGCUGUUCUCUCCAGGGAAUGCCAGGAAUGGGAAUAUAGGAAGGAGUUCACAAAAACUAAGAUAAGACACUGACUUUAGCCCGCCAGCAUGAAGACAACGUGACAGAAUGUCACAACGUGAUCAGAGAGAUGAAGGGGUGGGCAAGAGUGGAAGAGAAAGUGUCCAAUCAAAACAACCCUUUCUUACUGUCUUACUGUCUUCCCCUUUUGUUUACCUUCCCAUGUUUCUACUUCACUGGCUCCGUGGCUGUGCUGGUGCUGUUUUUUGAGAGGACAGGACGAGCGAGGACUCCAGCAUGAGUUCAGAUGAGGUGAUGGACACCAAGGCAGUGUUCACUGCCCUCUAUGAUGUGUGUGAAGAGAAUGCCGCCUUCUUUUCUGGGGGCACCAAGGGCCAAGCCGGGGACACGUCUCAGCGCCUGGUGGACGCCAUGACUACCAUCCAGGAACACGCUCGCAGCCUGGAGCCCGUCAUUACUGGAUUUGCUGCCAUCUACCACCAUUUUGACUUUGACCCUCAUAUUCCUGCCAAUGGAUAUCGCUCCCUUGUUAAGGUGGUGCGCUGUUGCCUCCUCCACAUCAUCCACAAAGGCCGCUAUAUUACGUCCAACAGGCGGAGCAUCUUUUUCCGUGCGAGCCACAACGCCGCCGAGAUUGAGGCGUACUGCAGCGCUCUGUGUCAGCUUAGGGCGCUGCUCUAUCUAGCUCAGAGACUGCUCCAUGACAACAGCCAUGGCAACCUCUUUUUCCAGGAGGAAAGUGGCCUCAGUCAGAGCUUCCUCAGAGAGUACGCCUCCAUGCACAAGGGCUGCUUCUACGGUCGCUGUGUUGGAUUUCAGUUUACACCUGCCAUCCGUCCAUGCCUGCAGUCAAUUACUAUAGGCCUGGUUGCCUUUGGAGAGAACUACAAGAAGCACCAGUCUGGCAUAGGUGUAGCUGCCAGUUCAUUCUUCACCUCUGGCAAGUAUGCCAUUGACCCUGAACUCAGAGGUCAGGAGUAUGAGCGCAUCACUCAGAAUCUGGACGUUCAUUUUUGGAAGACCUUCUGGAACAUUACAGAGACUGAAGUUCUGUCGAGUCUGGUGAGUAUGACGGCCACACAGGUGAAGGUGAAUCGAGCUCUUUCCGUGCCUCCCGAGCCCUUUGACCUGCCGUUGGCAGCGGAUCCCACACGCAUGGUGACGGUUUCUCCUCCAGCAUCUCACAUCGGCCUGGGGCCUGUGCAGAUGAGACUGAUCUCUCAUGAGCUUAGAGAGGGACAGGACAGUGAGACAUUACUGGCAAUGUGUCGCUCAGAGGGGGGUCCGAUCUCUCUUUCCUUGAGCCUGAAGACAAAGCGAAGCCUGCCUUCACCCUGGCUGCUGGUGCAUUUUCAUGGAGGAGGUUUUGUGGCACAAACUUCCAAAUCACAUGAGCCCUAUCUAAGGAGCUGGUCACAAGAACUGAACGCACCCAUCCUCUCAGUGGACUACUCGCUGGCCCCGGAGGCUCCGUUUCCCCGGGCUUUGGAGGAAUGCUUCUAUGCUUACUGCUGGGCCAUUAAGAACCACAAUCUGCUGGGCUGGACCGGCGAGCGUGUGUGUUUGGCUGGUGACAGCGCGGGUGGAAACCUGUGCGUGACCGUGUCAAUGAGGGCCGCGUCUCACGGCGUCCGCAUGCCAGAUGGUAUCGUCGCCGCAUACCCCGCCACCCUGCUCACCGUGUACGCCUCGCCCUCCCGCCUUCUCACCCUCAUGGACCCUUUGCUGCCCCUCAGCGUGCUCUCACGCUGCCUCAGUGCAUACGCAGGCACAGAGCCGCAGGUGGAGAAGCAGGUGGACAAGGUGAGCACUUUGAGUAUGGUGAGGAGAGACACUGCCCUGCUGCUCAGAGACUUCAAACAAGGGGCGUCCAAUUGGAUCCAUUCCCUACUGGACAGAGGAAGUGCAGAUUCAGUUAGACAGAGUGUCUCCGAGGCGACUCUAACCUCACCACAUGCAGACCCUACAGUGCCCACUGAGCCUUCUAAAUACUCCAUGGAGAAAGGGUCUCUGAGGAGCCAGACAUGCCAAGACCUAGGCACCCACACGAACAGCGACACAAGCGAUGCAAAGAAAACUUCCAACCACCUUAGUGCCACCACAGCCAACCACAGCUCCAUCCUCGACAUCACGCUUACACCCGAGAGCAAGCCUGAGGAUGUGAGUUUCUUCCUUAGUAAAGAAGUGGAUCCCUCAGUGUCGGAAUCGUUUUCCUCUGUGGCCAUUCCACCCCCUGGUGGUGAGGAGGACUCUGAGAACCCCCGGGAGUUUCCAGAGGGCUUUGAGCCUUUGCGCUCAGAACAGUUAGCGGAAAUGAUGGUAGAAAGUUCCCCCAUCGUCAGGAACCCCUAUAUGUCCCCCCUGCUGGCUCCAGACAGCAUGCUGAAGGGACUCCCUCCAAUACACAUAGUGGCCUGUCAUCUUGACCCCAUGCUGGACGACUCUGUGAUGUUUGCCAAAAGACUGCAAAAUGUCGGUCAACCGGUGACCCUCUGUGUCGUGGAUGACCUUCCUCAUGGCUUCCUCAGUCUAUCGCAGCUCUCAAGAGAGACUCGGGAGGCUGCUAACAUAUGCAUGGAGCGAAUCAAGGAUGUCUUUACCAUGAAAGACCCGCCCCCGGAGAUGCGUAAGCACCGCAAACUGGAACGGACCAAUCAGAGGCUUUCUGCUUCCAAAAGAGACCACACUCAGCUUUCUCAAGCCACAGCACAGGAAGGCGAAGGGGAGGGUUUUGUUGUUGGGGGAGGAGCUUCUGGUAUAGGUGGGGAAGAGCUCGCUAGUUUUUCCCCUCCCACUAAAUCUGAUGCCGAAAAGAUUCUAGCAUAGAUUUUGACCUCGCAAUGGUUUCAUUACACACUUGAGCCAGAGAGAGGUCACAUUAUUUAAUAAAGGCAAUCAGGGCUGAAUUAAGUAAUGAUUGCAGUGGAUAAGAGAGUAUAGAAAAAAUGAAGCAAUGAGUCAUGGAACCAGUUAUUCAAUUCUUAAUUAUAUAAGACAUCAUUAAGUAUUUAGUUACAAAGAGAGAAUUAGAAAACCUAAGCUUUAUUAUACAAUCAUGAUCACACCCACGUGCACUCCUUUAUACAUCUAUGUAUUUUACCCUUUUGCCUUUUGUGUUAUACCACAAAACCAGCACAAAAUCCAAGUAUAACCUGCCUUGUUGUCCAACAACAUCCCAGAUUGUGGAUGAUGUUGAAAGACGUUUCGAAUAGAUAGAUAAACCCCUUACUCAUCCUAGCACAGACUAUCAUUACACAUUUUUCAAAUCCACAAACUGUGUCUCAAUAUUAGGUUUAAUUAUACCUGUCUUCUAAUAUGUAUGCUCAGAAUGCACUGCUGCUAGGCAUCCCGGGGCUAACUGACAAAAGCAUUUAUUCAUGUUUGAUGUUUGCUUUGUUUCAUAUACUAGCUUUUGAAUAAUUUAUGACACAGAUUUAUAAUGGUGUUUUUGCGUAUGUUAAUCACCCUUUAAUAAUCUAGCUGCUUAUUGGCUCUUAGAGGACAACCUGUGAGAGUAGUGUUGCUAGAGAAUGCUGUUGCGUCCUCAGUCCAGCGGUUGCAAUCUAUACAUUUAUAGCGAUCAAAUUUUCACAGGGAUUCUGUGGAAGGAAAGUUAUACCAAAACAACACUGAGGUUGUGAUAUAGUGUUUUAGUCAAUGUAUUUACUGUCACAUAUUUAAUGUCUUCAUACAGUGAUGUUGUCAUGCAGAAAUAUGCAUCUGUAAAUGUUUACGUCACGGCUGGUGUCAGUAUGGCAUGAACAGCCUCUAAACAUAAGCUUUGUUUGUCUAUUAUAGUCAUUUACAUUAUAGGUCUGUUAAACGAUAUAGAUCAAUUUGUCAAAAUGACUGCUGGUUUGAAAACUGGAAGGGAACUUUGGUUUCAUAAAUGCAACUUGUCAGGAGAAACAUAAGCUCUACCUCCCGCCAACUGCUUGAUCUUUCCUUGACAUGUCAACAUCAGCUUCUUUUGUUUUCCUCGCUGGAUUUCUGCCUCGUUCCCACACUCACUUUUGUCUUGUGUUAACAUUCAUGUCGUCUGUCCCUGUGCAUGCUGAUCCAUUUUAAGCACACUUUUCAAUUCUCACCCAGCCCGUCCUAGAGGUAUUUUAAGCAGACUCCCUCAACACCCAGCAACCUUGAGCCAAUGAAAUCGUUCGGCGCACACACACGUGUGAUGCACGUCGCCAUCAUGCUGACACUAAUAGCGUCUUCAUUUGAAUCAGGUCGGCCCUUUCUCUUUUUGGCACCAAUUGACUGUAGUGAUUUUCCAGCGGGACACAAAAUCUAUUGAGUCCCCUAAAUUUUGACACUUCAUUAAUGCUGUACAGGAUGAUUUGAGGUUGGACACAACGCUGCAUAGAACGAAUGGUAGAAGUCAUCUGCAACUUGUUUUUGCAAAAAACAAUAGGAAAACAUAAUGACUCACAGCAUCGUGUUUAUAUUGUGAUUUGCAGAUGUUCUAUUUAAAGUAUCAUCACGUAGCAAGAAGUGCUCUAGAAUAGAUAGGUCUUGAUUUUAGUGGAUGAGGCUGAUGUGUCUUUCGGGACUGUGUAUUUCUUUCCAAGAAACUGGCUCUGUCUUUAUCUGUGUGUUUGGGAUUGGAUUAAGCCGCCGCAGUAGACAAGCUAUAAAAGCAGUGAGAAAACAAUAUCCCUCUACUGCUGAUUGCAGCAUUCGAGGGAGAGAGAGUUUAUAAGAGAGCAGAAGUAAGAAAAAGAUUUGCUUGCUCUGUUCAGCGUGUCAAAGCCAGUAGCAAGUCUUGGUUACCCUGCAGUUUUACUAAUGCGCCAUCAUGUGUCUUGUGAAAUGCACUUUGUCUGUUUUUGAGUCCAAUUGGUUGUUCUGCAUGUUCAUGUAUGUGUUGUAUUACUAUCUGCUUGGUUUGUGUUAGUCUUUGUGUUACAAUUGUGUUGGCUCUGCAUAGAAACGCCUCUAAGUGCCAUUGUGCUUAAAGAAAUGAGUGUGUACAGACCCAUUCAUGCAACCAUGACUACCAUGGCACAUAUGGACUUCCUUUCCAAUGAAAUUGUCCUCACUUUUGAUUGGUUGGAGGUCAUGACCUUGAAUGCACUGUUGAACAUUUCCAUCUUGUUGGAGCGAUGGACACUGUUGAAUAGAACAAAUAUUGUAGGUGUCUCUCAUUGACCACUCUGGGGUCACUUUGUCCCCCUCCUCUCUCCCUCUCUCUCUCUCUCUCUCUCUCUCUCUCUCUCUCUCGCUCUCUCUCUCUCUCGCUCUACUUUUUUUUUCAUGACUCCCAAGCGGCCUCCUCAAGACAUCUCACAGAAGUUGUGUUGAAUUACAUGAUGCAUGAUCAUGGGUUUGAUUCCAAGGGCACACACAAACUGAUCAAAUGCAUUGCUCAGUGCACUAAAGAGCAUCUUGGAAAAACACUGUGCUCCUUUAUCCCUCUGUUCAAACACCAAUCCGUACAUUUCCUGCAUUUAUUAGCAUAGCAGCCAAAACACUGUACUCCAUUGUACUUCCUUAGAGAUGCACACCCACUGCCUUGUCUGUUCUUAAAACUACUAGUCAAUCACGUAAACUUGUAGUUUUAAUCAGUGAAACCAGUGUCCGAGUGGAUGUCCUGCAGCUCUUUACACAAGUGGUUCUGCACUCUUCUGUCCUCUUGAAGUCCACAGACGGCGAUGUGGUCUGCUGUAAGUGCACCCUGUAAUGAGCACUGCAGUAUCAUUUGCGAGGGUGCUGAUGACUAUUCUUCUGCCCUUGUUUUCACUGCAACCUUCACCGAUCUGAGUUUUGCUUUUAAUAUGGUUGUACUGUAUCUCCCAUACAAUCCUAAUCAUGUUCGGUCCAAAGCUUGACUAGAAGAUGCACUUUAUAUUCUGGUGUGUUUAUCAGCGCGUGGGGUUGUAUGUGGGGGAACCUUCUCUUAACCCCUGCAGUUAUUCAGGGACUGAGUUGACUUCUUUUACUAUGAUUUUCUCCUUAAUGUAAAGAUACCACAAGUGCAAACUUGGAAAGUAUUAUAUAGGCACAUAUUUAUUGUAUAAAGACUAUCAUUUUACUUCAAAAAUGUUUUUGUCUCAGAAUAUUUUUACUUUCAGACUUGUGAGAGUAUUUUUCUGCAGUGUUUCCCCUGUAAUGAUUUAUAAACUGUAUGAAUAAAUAUUUUCUCUGAUCUCUAUGGCUACCGUGUUUGU